UUCUUCCGUUUUUUUUUUUCUUCUUCUGCUUUUUCGUCCUUCUUCCUUUCUUACUUCUUUUCAUCGUUUAUAACAAUCCUUUUUUUCUUACCUCUUCUUUUCUCUGAAGGAUUCCCUUGUUGUAGCUGAAUUGAUAAAAGAAAACCAAACAAAACUCCAAGAAAGAUGACUGUUCCAGGUGAUGUUAGCUCUCUGAAUCUGAAGGAGCAAAAUUCAAGUGUCAGUGAAGACUCCAAACCUCAGUUGCAUAAGCAAGAAGUGAUCAUGAUGGAAGACAGAACAAGAGAAGAGGAGCAAAACAAAAAGGAAGAACCGGCAAAAGAAGACGAGACUGAAGAAGCACUAGUACAACAACAGCAACAGCUGCAUCAACAACAGCAGCAACAACCAAAGUCUUCUUCUUUGAAUAAUGGCGUAAACUACCCUAGAAGAGACUAUAAUAAUAAGAAAAGAAACUUUGCACCAAACAACCGUUAUAACCACAAUAACUACAAUGCGAGAAGAACAAAUAAUAAUAGAUACUAUAGCAAUAAUAAUUUAUCGCGUUAUCAUAAUAGCAAUGAUGGUAAUGUCGAUAAUGUGCCACCUAAUUAUCCCUAUUUUUACUACUAUCCUCCUCCAAACAUGUACUAUCAACCUAUGCCAUUGCAUCAGCACCAAUACCCACCCCAUCCAUCCCAACUAACACCAACAACAAGAAGAAGUUAUAGUGACCACAGUAAUUUCAAAUACUUUAGAAAUGAACAAAAAGAUCAGUUAAAAGUUGUUGAACACGAUCUCGAUGAGGACAACGACAGUGAUACGCGUGAUGAUGACGAUUUGGAGAUCAUUGUACAUGACGAAAGCUUGACAAAUAAUCAUCAAACCAAGAAAUUGUCAUCUCCUAAUUUGAAUGAAGCCAAUAAAUUCUUUGAUUUGAAAAAGCAACUAGAAUAUUACUUUUCAAGGCAGAAUUUAGUGAAUGAUAGUUACCUAGUCUCUCAAAUGGAUGAAGAUUCAUACGUUCCCAUUACCGUUAUUGCUAACUUUAAACGCGUUCGGGAACAUACCAAUGGAGAUAUGGACCUAAUUGUGAAGACUUUGAGAGAACUAUCGACUGUAACUGUGAAUGAUUCAGGUACCAAAGUGAAACCUAACGCUUCAUUACAACCGAAACGAAAUACCGUCAUUUUUAGGGAUGUACCUGAUUGCACUGAGGAUGAAAUGAAUCAGUUAUUGAAAGAUUUGAACUCCCCAACUGUUCAAUUGAUGAAAAAAGAUUUUGGUAAUAUGUGGUAUUUUACUUUCGAAACUGAAGAAGACGCGUUGAAAUUGCUGACACUCGUUCGAGGCAAGGAUUUCAAAGAUCAGCCAAUUGCUGCUAGAAUGAAGUCAGAGCCCGUUAUCAGAGUGUACGUUACCCUAGCCUCAUCUAUCUAUCCCAAAGGUUGCAGAAUUCUAAACUUUAUUUCUUAUAGACAAACACGUACAGUUAGUCAGUCAGAUAUCAACCCAUUAAAUAAUGCUAAAGAUGACCCCAUAUUACUAAAUCAACAUGCUUACCCUCCCAUCAUCGACCCUCAGUACCCUUAUAACCAAUAUUCUUUCCAUCAGAUGCAACCACACAAAAGACACUUUUCUCCACGACGGCAACAAUAUCAAUCGUCUUAUCCAAGAUAUGAUAAUAAUAUGCCACCCAACAACAAUAGAAUCUAUGAGCGUGGUGGCUUCCAAUAUAGAAAUAAACACUCACAAAUGCCUUAUGAUGGUUCAAGAAAUACUUCUGCACGUAUUAGAUACAAUCACAGUAACAACAAUAACCCUAAAUAUACGUCCAAAGAAGAUAGUCAACAGCAGCAAGAACAGCAAGAGCAGAACUCGUCACCGUCUCCCUCAUUACCAUCGCCGAUACACGCUAGUAGUUCUUACUCUGAACGUCGCCCCUAUAGCCCACGCUAUAACAACAACAACAAUUACAAAUACAACAAUAGAGGUUUUAACAACAACAGUAAGAAAUACGACAAUGAUCAGAGACAGCCAUUCCGACCACCACGUGCAGUGGAUACUGCGGACCGCUCGGCAAACAAAGAUGAAGACAAACGUUCCUCGCCAUUAUUUAAAACGCAGUCCAUCGGCGUUCCAACGGCCCUUUCCCCAUUAGAGGAACCUCUGCGACAACCAGCAGAGGGUGAGAUACGUCAAGACGCUCAGCAAAAGAAGGAGUCGCUGAAAAAUGAAGACGAGAAAGAUAAUUCUGGAUCCAUUCAGCAAGCUGUUGCAAUGAAAGAGGUGCAACCCGAAUCAGUCAAAAAGCAGCAGCAACAACAACAAGCGACACUGAAGUCGAAUGAGUCUGCUGAGCAAAAGGAGGAGAAACUACAAGUAAAAUUACCGCAGCAACAACCACUCGACGAACCACCUACUACCGAUAUGAAUGUUAACAAGAGUAAUAAGAAUAACAUUAAAUCGGAUAGUGUUCAUCGCAGAAGUAGCAAUAGCACCUCCACAAGCGGACCAUCCGUUUCGCAUAGCAACAGGAAUGAAGCUAUCAAUGACAAUCCUAACCGAAGAAAAAGAUUUGGUAAAUACAGUAAAUACAAAAAUGAGAACAAGCGCCAAGAAGAUGAGGCAGAGGAAGAAAUGAGAAAAAAGCAACCACAGCUGGAAGUUGAUUUACAACCUGCUCAUUUCCCUCCUUUACCAAAUCAGCAGCCCAGUUACGAUGACUCUGCUGUUGCUGCAGUCAUGGUCAAGACUACACCAUCUCCCCGUCAAGGCAUUCGAACGGAUACAAGAUCUGCUGCCGACGUUGUUAAGGCUAGUAUGAACAAUAACAGUACACAGGUAGAAAAAGAGUGUGUAGCAAAACAGGAUAAGCCAUAUAAAAAAGAACAGCAGGAGUAUCCACAGCCAGUGAAGGAGAGCAGUGCUAAUGUAAUCAAAAUACAGCAAAAGCAGUCUGACAAAAAAGAUGCAGUUGCCUCUGAAGUGAAGAAUAGUAGUCAUCGUAAGGAGAUGGACGAAAGGAAAAACAUGGAUAAUAGCAGGAAGAGUGAUGCUGUGAGUUCCUCGGAAAGUCCUGUAACUCUUCCAAAGGAACUAGAAAUGAAAGCUUCAUUCAGUUGGGCAGAUAUGUUGAAAAAGAAAUAAAAAAUUUUCUUUGCACAUACAAUUGUUUAUCAACAAUGAAGGCAAUUUUUGUUUCUCGUUAUGAAUUGUACAAAAAGCUGCUGAAGUUUUUGCAAGAAUGAGUUAUGAU